AUGAUAAUGGUGGUGGAAAUUUGGCAAUGUGUUGUAAGUGGAGAUGGGUUUGGAAUGAAAGCUGGUGGAAGUGGGUUUCAGUUAUUGGUGGAGGGGAUUUAUGAUGGAGGUGGUGAUGGGUUUCAGGUGGUGGUGGAUGAGAUUUCUGAUGGAGGAGAUUCACCUUGGGUGGUGGAGUUGGUUGUAGAUUUUGGUGGAAAAAGGCGAUGGUGGUGGAAUUUUGGGGGAGAUUUCGUUGGUGGUGCUGGCUGGUGGUUCUA